GUAUGCAGGGCAAUGUAGCAAACCUCAGAUGGCGCGCUACACAGAGGAGGCAAUUGGAGUCAGGGAGCGUGCAAUUCGUUGCAGUGAACUAUGCGCCUCCUUUCAAACGCUUCACAUUCCAAAGUUGCAACACGGUUCACAACUAGCUCAAGUAUUGAGCUCCGCGCAGCUCGCUAUGGGGCUUCCAUAACUACCAUGGAGGAGGUUGCCCGGUGGUUGCAGGUGGUAGUUUUCAGAGCUCUUGUCCACAAUGUAUGCAUGUUUUAGGCUCCCUUGCAGGUUGAUGUUGGGGAAGGCGUGCAAGUAAGUCCGGUUAGUUUAGGUCGAUUAGAGGGUUGACGAGAAUUUUGAGCAAAGAGGAUUGAUUGCAAAAAUGGCUGAGAUCGAAACAGAGGCCCCUCUCCAAGAGCCGCUGCUCUCUGGGGAUCGCUCAGUAGCUAUAGAUUUUGAAGGGCCGGGCACGAGGUGGUCUCGUGAUAAAAAGCCCCCCGGACUGGUGGUCACAGGAGAUGAAGGCCCUUCUGGCGGUGCCGCAAUGGUGUCUCCUCAGAGCCUAGCAGGUUUUCAGCAGGGAGGCUGGCUGUUGGCUGCUGUCUUGGUCUCGUUCUUGUACGCCAUGUUUAUGUUUGCGGCAAUCCUCUCCUCGGUGUACAGAAGAGGCGCAUUUGUGCCCUGGCUGUUUGUGGGGGCGGCCACGUCUGCCAUCAUGAGCUCAGGCCUAGUGUUCACCGCCGCACUCCGGUUGCACCAGCAGCGGUUGGAGCAUCAUCAAGCUAACAGCCAUAGGUAUCGGCGGAGAAGGCAUUCCCGCCGUUCGUUCCGCAGUGCGACGCCAUCCCCCAAGGAUUUACGGUUGGCUUCUCCGAUGCCAUCUAACCUGCCCUCUAAUCUUGGCGUUAAGCCUAAUUUGCCCCCUUCGAGCCCAAACCCUAGCGCUAACCCAGGCCCCCCAAACCGACUUCCCAUCCGCUCCAUCCUUUUCAAAGCCCUCCCCCAUCUCGAGCAAGGCAUGUCGGGUGCGUCCACGCCGGGGGGGGCCGAAACGCCUGGCAGAAGCACCCCCUCCCUCGAGUGGAACCUCGCGAUCGGCGUCGACCCGAAGCAGGAGACUCCAUCAGUGUCUCUCACGUCAGUCUUGUGUGCCACCGCCAGCCUGGCGGCGUCGGUAAUUACUACUCUGACCGCAUUUACACUGGCCGAGGCAUCCGAUGAGGGAACCGUCACCGAACCCUCCGUCUACCUAGGGGUUACGGGCCUGCUUCUCUUCGUCGUUUCCCUGGGGCUCAUAGCUUAUGCCGUCGUGCGGCGGGGGUCCUCUCCGGAUGGGACAUAUGCCGUGCUGUGGUUGGUCGUCGAUGCCCCCUCGCACUUCGCGCCGUCACGGCAGGGGACCAACGCACAUCCCACUCCCAGGACACCGAAAACGCCCCGAGUCUUCACAACCGACUUGGAGUCCGUUAUGCUAACCCCGUCGGAACGGAGCAGUAACCCCCGCCCAGCUUUGCACACACCCAGAACGCCCCGGAUUCUGACCACCGACCUCGAAACCGCGGAGCUGAGCGCCUCGAAACUGAGCACAUCACCGCAGGCACACCCCCCGGGAACGAGAUCCCCCCCCGUUUCGCCCAAAGCCCUGGAACGUGCAGUAGCCCGCAUUUUGCGCGGGACCGUCAAAACGAACAUCGUGGUCGCUCUAGGGGGACUGUAUCUGAACCUCCCCCUCGCGAUCAUCCCCAUUGUCGCGAGCAUGUUCGUGAUCGGCCCGCAGCGCGUGGUGGUGUCCGAUCAACGGCCGCUGGUUUACGGCAUCCUAUUCCCGCUGCUGUUCCUCGUGUCGGCGCUCGACUUCGCGACGUUCUUCUUCUUCGUGCCGCGCUCGAUCUCGGCCACGUGGCUGGCACUCAAGCAUCCGCGGAUCGCGAGCAGCCACGUGCGCAGCGGACGGGGCGCGAUGAUGCUCUCGUCGGUAGUACUGUUCGUCCCGUUUGUGGAGUUUUACUUUUGCCUCGCCUGCGUAACCGUGUACCUGUCAGCGGAAGGCGGUAGCGUCGGGUUCGGGGACCUUGUUCUGACGCCGUGGCAGUGCUUCGAGAUCUUCUCGGUGGGGCUGCUUGUAAUAAUACUGACGUCACUUGUGUGCAUUGUCAGCCUGAAAGUGCGGCUCUCUCAGUGGAUAGAGCCGCACAAACUGUCGAGUAGGACGACCAAAGGGGUAGUGUACGCGUCACUCCUAGUCUUCGUCGUUGUCGGACUUGUUACGUCUUUGUUUCAGUCUUUGCUAGCCCGGAGCCUGUGUUUGAUUGCGCUUGUAGCGUUUGUACCAAUAUUUUGGUCACGUAGACAAGCUGAACAAGCAAGAAUUUAAUCGAUUAGAUUGCCCUAGCUCUUUCGUAGGAACGUUUGAGUCAAACUUGAGGGGCCUGCGCUUAUCGCAGCUGAGGCGAGAUGAGGUGAAAGGUCCAUACAUGAAAAGACUUUAAUUGCUGGACUUUGCAUAUGUAGGCAUGUGUUUGCCUGAUAGGCUCUGCGACUGCUUUUGGUACGGUCAGGUAUGUUAACCCCCUAGACAUUGCCCAUGUUAAUAUAAGCCACACAUUUAUGAAAGUCGCUCACUUUAUUGAUACAACUGGUUUCAAGUCAUC